AUGAAUACUAUAAUAAUUAAACGAAAAUUAUGUACUUUAUAUGAGAUCAUCAGAGAGUAGAAAUAAUAGACCUACUUAAAUCCUGACUUAGUUUGGCUCAUGUACACAGGAACCAGAUUUAGUCUCAUAUUGAGAUUGGAUCAAUUUAAUGAGAAAGAGUAUCAAGUAUUCAAUUCCAAUAACGAUUAGGACCAAGAAUUGAUUCUUGUCAAAAAUAUUAUUAAUUGGUUUCAUUUAUUAACUCCCAUAAGUUAGAUUCAACUAAUCACCAUUAAAAGUGUACUUGCUAUUAUUAUAGCUGCUUUUCACAUACUUUCUAUCUUGAUGAUAGUACUAGAGAUUAAAUAAUCGAAUUUCUUAAACCAAUACCAAAAUAUAUUUUACACAUAUUUUCAAAUUUUAAUACUUUAUCCCUCCUUCAUACAUAUCUAUCAAAUUUAAAAUCACAAUCCUAAUAAUAUUUUAGUCUGGUGUUGUACAAUCCCACUAUUCAUAAAUUAUAUGAUAUUUUCGUAUUUUUAACGAAAUUACUUAUUGCCAAUUAAAAAUCCUUUUACAAAAAGAUAUAGGAUCUAAAAUUACUUACAGAAUUUUAUUGAAAUCAUAAUUCUUGUUGCCAUGCCUUAUUUCGAGGAAAUCGUUCAAACUACUAUAAUGAUGCUCUUAUUCCUACUUUAAUUGAUAGAUGCCUUAUUUAACUAACCAUAUUCAAUGCAAAUAAACCUUAAUUAUUGUUUCUGCUCUUCUAUCUUGUUAUUUGGUUCAGCAGUAAAGUGUUUAUCCAUCAGUUUUAGUUAAAAAGAAUACUUAUUUUACAGUUUGAUGCUUGUUCCUCUUUUAAGUUUGUUUAUGAAAAGAAUUUUGAUUCUGACAUACUCUAUGAACCUAGAAGAGAAUCAGCUAUCCAAAAGCCUACUAUUUCAAAUAGCAGAUGAAUUCUAUUCUAAGAAUCCCAUAACAUAAAGCAAGAUAUUAUUCAUCCUUAAAAACAAAUACAAAAUAAUGGCAAAUAAAUAGACAACAAAACAAUCAGAACCAUGGCAAAAUCAUUAUAUCCUAAUGUUAUUAUUAAGAUUAUAUGACACUUAUUCUUAACAAUAGAAAAAUAAGGAAGAGGAACUACAAUUAUACAUAAUAUUCUUCAUAUUUUGGACACAAGAAAAACUGAACUUGGCAUAUAUCCAAUUGAAACAACAUCAGAUGUAAUCAUCCCAUUAAUCUAUAUAUUUUUAAAUUAUCAAAAUAUAUUGCUCUAAAUUAAUACUACAAAGAAUAAAUUAAGAUUUAAAAUCUUCUUAGGGCAGAUUAGAUUUAUCAUCAGUAAAAUAAAGUCACUCAUUAAUUGAGAAAUCCAUGCCUUUGAUAACAGAAAUACUAAUUUUAAAGAAUAAAUUUCUGGACUCAUUAUCUAUUGGCUAUGAUAGAAUAGAGCAACUGUCUUAGAAAUGCGUCAAUUUAAGUGAUAAGAUUGUAGAAUUGAAAAAUCUUGUAUUUGAAGAUAUGGAAAUAGAUAUUCUUGUAAUCUAAAAGCAAAUAAUUAAAUUUAAUAUUCUUGAUUUACGCUUACUAUCUUUAGUUUUUGGAUCUGUGUUGAAUGAUUAUCAUAUAACAUUUCAAAUUGAACAAAGGAUUGAGGAUUUACUCAAUCAAGAACGUAAUGUGCUAUCUCGAGGCAUUUAGAAUACAUCCUUAUUGAAUGAUGAUGUUAUCAUUAUGCAAAUAAGCAUGAUGAAAAGUCAAGGCUAGAUCUUAAAUAAGGACAAAACUAAAAUUUUGAAAUAUUUUAAAUUUCCAAAUGAUGAAUCCUUCAAAUCCAUUUCCCAAUUAAAUCAACUCCUACCAGAAUACUUGGUAGUCAAACAUGAUAGAUUCUUAAAGGAAUUUCUGACCACAGGAGAGUCAAAGCUAUUUAAUACAAGUCAUGAUGUAUUUCCAUCCUAUUAUUCAGGUUUCUCAUUCUUGGUCACCUUAUAAUUAAUACCCUCGUAUGAUGAAAUGGAUGAUUAUGUCUUAUCAGCUAUUCUUAAGAAGACUUAUGAACAUGGUGAUUUUAUAAUAUUUGAUGAGUCUGGUAAAAUAUUGGGAUUGUCAGAUUAAAUGCUAUAAAUAUUAGUUCACAGUGAUUCUGAAUUUAGUAAGGCUUUAUUAAAUUCCUAUAUUUACUUUUGGUUCAAAGAUUUGCUAAUUAUGAUUAAUUAACAAAUGGAAUCUAUGUAGGAAUAUACUCAACAAUUUACAUUGUUUACAUAGGCAGCACAGAUUCAACCAAUUACAAAUUUGUAAGAAUUAAUAUAAUCUCAUGAUUAAUAUUAGAAAUAGCAUUUCCUUAAAAGCAAUAGGACAGAUUAAGAUUAAUAAUAUGAAUAAAAGCAAAUGAUGAAGGUUUCAUUUUAUGAGAUCAAUUACGUUAUUUAGAUGUAUGAUUUCAUAAAUGAUAAUAUAUCAAAAUUUACUUAAAAUUAAAUUGGAUUCCAAGUGACAUUCAAUUUAUAAUUCUAAAAAAUGUAAGGACAACACCCUCUUUUUAUAUUACAAAUCACUGAAUACGUUGAAAAACAAUUAAAAUUUAUUAGUCCUAAAAGCAUAGGGACAAUCAGCCCAUAUAGCUCAAUUAGUAAAAUAAGAUCACCUCCAUAACAAAGUGAUCUGAAUUCUUUGAGUAACGCAGACAUGGAUGAAUUACAUCAGGAAUUAGUAAUCAACUAAACAAUUAUCAAUAAAUUAAUAUUGAGAUAAGAGAUGGAGGAUGCUAGAGUCUUCAUUUAGAAUGGCCAGGAUGGAGAAAAUUUUUAAGCCAUGAUGGAAAAAGAAAACAAGGAAAGCAACUUGAUAUCUCCAAGGUCUCAUAGAGAAAUCUUAAUGCAAAAAGGACUUAUUGAGGAUGACUCUGAAGAUAUCAAAGGAAAUGAGUCCAACAUUAUCAAGAGUAGUUCCUAAAGAGAAAAUAUAGAAAUAGGAAAUAAAUAGGCUGAAUUCCAAAUAGAGAAUUAGUCAAGAUCUAGUGCAACAUCAGACAAAACAUAAAAUUCAGUCUAUCAUUUGAUCAGAAAUUUAUAGUACAAAAUUACAUAUUAAACUGGUAUAGUUAAAGCUAUUUGUAAUACCAUUUGUCUGUCUGCUUUUCUAAUAAUUUUGGUUGGCGUUUAAUUAAAUGUCGAAAGGAACAAUUCUGAUGAAUUAUAGUAUAGGAUCCCUCUAGUCAGAUUGCCUUAAAGAUUUAAUAGAUUAUAUUGUACAUUUACAGCUAUAGGUUAAUUAUAGUUGUAGAAUAAACUAUUGAAUAUAUCAUAUGGGGAAUAUUAUGAAUAUAGAAUCAGAAAUGAAAGUGCUCAGAAAAGAAAUGAAUUAUAAAACUUAAUUUCAGAUCUCAGGGAUUAAUUCUCCCAUUUUUAAUUGCCCCCAUUAACAAUCAGAAUCAUUAAUGAAUACAUUUAUCAAUUGGACAAUACGACCAUGCUCUAAUUUGAUAUUAUUGCUAAUGAAUAUACGUCUCAGAUUAACCAAUAUCUGUAAAUAUAAGACUAGACUUUAGAAGAUGUUUUCAAGAUCGAAACACUAUUGGAAUUCCUAAAAGGAAAUUUAAUAGCCUAAUUAAAGAUAACUAUUAAUGUGGUAGAUGAAAUUGAGCGAGAAUUCUUUGAUUUUAUUGAUUAUUCUUCAAUAGAAUAAUUGGUCUUUUUAACUGUUAUGUUAUUGAUCAUACUUAUUUUCCUCAUUAUUCAAAUACACUAGUGGCAACAACCGUAUAAAUACAUGCAAGUUAUAUUAUUGUUGAUCAGUAAAAUAUCUGAUAAGGACAUCGAAAUAGCAGUUUCCAAAACCUUAUAUUUACUUGAUAGAAUAAUAAGCAAUCCUUAUCAAACCAAAAAUAUCAAUUAUUUUAGAGAUUGUUUUUGGUACUCAAACAAAAUUUACAGUUUUUAGAGUGUAAGAAAAUCAUCCGAGUAUUCCAAGAGUAAUUAAAACGGGAAGAAUUAGUAGCAAAAAUAGAAGAAGUCAUCUAGAAUUUAAGAUACAUCCCUAAGUAUUUUGAACAUCAAGAUUAUUUUACUUUUAAUUUGGUUGUGCUUAUCAGGAUUUGCUUUUUCUGCAUACAUCAUUAUGAAUUAAAAUAUGAAUGCCAGCCUACCAGAAUUGAGAUUGACAAUGGAAUUUGUGAAAUUCAAAUAAGACCUUGAUGGCAUUAUGAUCUUAUGCUUUUUGCUUAAAAAUUAAUAGAGUUUAAUAGAAGAAACAAUUAAGGCCUUUGCUUUAAAUCCAGAGUUGAAUACUAGAGAUAAAUACUUUUAAACAUAAUAUAAAGAAUUAAUAGAAGAGUUUAAGCCUUUACUUGUAGAGAUGGAUGAAAUUUAUUCUCAUAUUUAUAAUGAUAUUGUUGCAUCUACUAAAAUUAGCGAUGACAAUAAGAAUCUCUUGUUGAAUCUCUAUGAAAAAGAUCUGUGUCAAAUCAUCCCAACUAUUCUUCCAUUUUGUGCAUAUGAUAAUGGGGUUUUUUUAUAUUUUCCAACAUACCCUUCUGCUUCAUCAUUAAUUAAUAAUUAAUAGACCUAUAAGUAUGGUAUUAAUGGAAUCUAUUAAUAGUAACAUAUUAAAAUAUCUUUAGAAUAAUUUCCAUUCUCAAUACCCAUUACAAUUUAGAAAAAAACGGAAUCAUAGACACUAAUUUGACAAACGCUAAUCUUUUUUUAGAAAACUCUGAAUUUAUCCAAAUCAUCCUUCCGUAUUUUUUCGAUUUAAGCUAUGCAAUACUAGAGUUCUAUUAUACGAUCAUUUAAUCAACUUUGGAUGUCUUGGAAAGCGAUUACAAUAUGAUUUUAGAAUAUUAUAUUGCUGCAGGUAUUGGUUGUCUAAUAAUCUUAUAUUCUGUCACUUUAAUAAGAGCCAUAACACUCCAGAAGAAGGUUCGAUUAAUUCUUUAAGCAAUUAUUCUUAUUCCAUAUGAGUCAUUGAUUGAUUAAGCUAUAAUUAUGACAAUUAGAAAAAUUGAUAGAACCUUAUGA